GUUUGCUGAACAUUGUUUAAAGUACUCUAAGCAGUAUUGUUCACGAGCUGAGUUUUUAAAAUUUGUAAAAAAAAUGAAAUCAUUGGCAAUUUUUGUGGUGUGCUUUGUGGCCUGUUUGGGUGAGGUGGCUCGAUUUGAUAACUAUCGUGUGUAUCAAAUCACAAUUGAUAACGGAAAACAAUUGGCUGUACUGGAACAAAUUCAAUUCGGAUGGGAUGGUGUUCAGUUUUUAAGGACCCCAUUUCGUACACAAGAAGUGAUCGAACUCGUAGUUCCGCCACACAAAUUAUGCGAUGUUAUCGAGCUUUUUAAAUCGUUGAAAAUAAAAUAUAAACUAUUGACACCAAAUAUUCAAAGUGUGAUCGAAAAGCAGCUACAAGCAGGUUCCAAAAAUUUGCAUUUUGGAUGGAAAAACUAUUACAAUGUAUCCACAAUUUAUGCUUGGCUGGAUGAUUUACUACAGAAGCAUCCAAACAUUCUAACCAAUUAUAACUUUGGGACAUCGUAUGAAGGGCGUCCACUUCGUGCAAUCAAAGUGUCUUACAGAAAAGGGAACCCAACCAUUUUCAUUGAAGCGACUAUUCAUGGUCGCGAAUGGCCUGCAGCCGCUGUCGCUACUUAUAUACUUAAUGAAUUGGUCACACCUUCUGAUGCUGAAUUCCGACAAUUGGCACAUAACUAUGAUUGGGUUAUUGUGCCAGUAUUGAAUGUCGACGGCUAUGAGUACACCCAUACGACUGAUCGCUUGUGGAGAAAGACGCGCAAGCCGCAUCCAGUCAAGAGCUACUGCGUUGGUGCUGAUGGAAACCGAAACUUCGACAUUCUUCAUGCAGAAGUUGGAGCUUCGAACGACCCUUGUACGAUUGGAUAUCCCGGACCGGAACCAUUUUCAGAACCAGAGACUCGUGCUUUGGCCACAUUUAUCAAGUCUUUUGAUAAUAUUAAGUUAUACCUUGCGUUCCAUCAAUAUGGUCAAUUAGUGCUAUUUCCUCAUAGUUACACAUCCGCACGUGUACACAAUUACGAUGAUUUGCAUAACAUCGCCGAAAAAACCAAACGAGCUAUUUCAAAACGGUAUGGAACAAGGUACACCAUUGGAAGUGUUGGCGAAACAAUUUUUGCAAUUUCGGGCACUUCCAUCGAUUGGGUACAUCAGGUUCAAAAUAUUUCACUCACAUUUCAUUGCGAGUUCCGUGAUACUGGAAAUUUGGGAUUCCUUCUUGCACCCGAAGAAAUUCUUCCCACCGCACUAGAGUUUGUUGAUGGUCUAAAGGCAAUGGUUCGAGAAGCAAAAACACGGAAAUAUUUAUAAAAUGAUUUUAUUGCGAAAUUGUAACAACUAAACUGAAUUGACCAUACAAAUGUUGGUACUAAACAUGAAAUGCUUUAUUUGAUUCAUCGAAAAUUUUCUAAUAACUUGAAACAGAUUUUGUUUAUUACGGUUAUUAAAUCGUAAGC